AUGCCCCUGUCGGUUGGCAAACCCUGGGAAAAGUUCUGGCUGUUUCUGCUGGUAGUACUACCUGCACCUGCGCAAUCAAAGCGAAUCGGCAACUUGUUUUCUUUGGUCGACGUCGGGGAUGAUGACAACUGCGGUAUCUACGACUAUUGCGUGCCAUCUGGCCUGGGAGCAGUCGUGGCCGUGUCUCAGGGUCUCGAACACACGUGCGCCAUACUGGCGGACAAUCGGCUGGAGACGUGGCUGCAGCCGCUCUUGCGGAACAUCUUCGGCAAUGUCACAGUGUCGAUCGAUAACCUCGUUGCCAAGUUGGAGCGCAAUGGCGCAGUGGCGUGCGUGACAGUCGAGCGCCUGGACUCCCGACCACAUUCGGCCACGUGGGAGGCGCAGCUCAGUAGCGACUGCUAA